GUCCCCGGGGAGUUGGGGAACACCGGGCAAUUCUCGCUGCCCGUUCCCGGUGGUGCAGGGAGCCCGUGUGUCUCCGAGUGUGUGCAUGCGAAGUUCUCCGGGGUGGGUUUGUGCAUGUGUGCGAGCGUGCACACGUGGGCGCAGGCGUGUGCGCGGGAGUGCCCGUGUGUGUGUGUGUGUGUGUGUGUGUGUGUGUGUGUGUGUGUGUACUCGCGUGCUCUCCUAAGUGUGCCCGGCGGACGGCGGCGGGAGAGUCCCGCCCCCCCCCCCCCCCCCAGCCUCCGGCCGCCCCUCCCCGCCCCCCGCCGCCUGCGCCGGCUGCUUCCUCGCCUCCACCUCGCUCACCCCCUCCUCCUCGCACUUUCUCCUGCUCUCCCUCCCUCCCUCUCGGCUCUCACCACCGGACUCCGCGCUCUUCUCGCUGGCCGCCCCGGGAAUCGCCGGCUGCCACCGCCCAGCCUGUACCCGCCAUCCCCCCAGUGCUUGGGCACCUGUUGGAGGCAGAGACACAGCCAAGGGUGCUGCAUGAGGGGCCGCAGGGGCGACCGCAUGACCAUCAACAUCCAGGAGCACAUGGCCAUCAACGUGUGCCCCGGGCCCAUCCGGCCCAUCCGGCAGAUCUCUGACUACUUCCCCCGCCGGGGACCAGGACCCGAAGGCGGGGGCAGGGAUUUCAGGGAGGCCCCUGCUCGUCUGGCCCCCCUGGCCCUGGCCCCCCCUGCAGCCCUCCUUGGGGCCACCACGCCCGAGGAGGGAGCCGAGGUGGACAGCUACGACUCGGAUGAUACCACCGCCCUGGGCAUGCUGGAGUUUGACCUUCUCUACGACCAGGCCUCCUGCACUCUGCACUGUAGUAUCCUCAGGGCCAAGGGCCUCAAGCCCAUGGAUUUCAAUGGCCUGGCCGACCCCUACGUCAAGCUGCACCUGCUGCCUGGAGCCUGCAAGGCCAAUAAGCUAAAAACUAAGACUCAGAGGAACACGCUGAAUCCCGUGUGGAAUGAAGAUCUGACGUACAGUGGGAUCACGGAUGAUGACAUCACCCACAAGGUGCUCAGGAUCUCCGUCUGUGACGAGGACAAGCUGAGCCACAAUGAAUUCAUUGGGGAGAUCAGAGUACCCCUCCGCCGCCUCAAGCCUUCACAGAAGAAACAUUUUAACAUCUGCCUUGAGCGCCAGGUCCCGCUGGCUUCACCCUCCUCCAUGUCAGCAGCGCUGAGGGGCAUCUCCUGUUACCUGAAGGAGCUGGAACAGGCAGAGCAGGGCCCCGGGCUGCUGGAAGAGCGUGGGCGCAUCCUGCUGAGCCUCAGCUACAGCUCUCGGCGCCGGGGGCUGCUGGUGGGCAUUGUGCGCUGCGCCCACUUGGCCGCCAUGGACGUCAAUGGCUACUCGGACCCCUACGUCAAGACGUACCUGAGGCCUGACGUGGAUAAAAAAUCCAAGCAUAAAACGUGUGUGAAGAAGAAGACUCUCAAUCCAGAAUUUAACGAGGACUUCUUCUACGAGAUGGAGCUCUCUGCUCUGGCCACCAAGACCCUGGAAGUCACAGUCUGGGACUAUGACAUUGGCAAAUCCAACGACUUCAUCGGUGGCGUGUCCCUGGGGCCUGGGGCUCGGGGAGAGGCCCGGAAGCACUGGCGUGACUGUCUGCAGCAGCCGGACGCAGCCCUGGAACGCUGGCACACCCUCACCAGCGAGCUGCCCCCUGCGGCCGGGGCUCUGCCCUCGGCCUGAGCGGGACCACACCUGCCCAGCACAGGGCCCCCCCCUCCCCCGGGGCCAGGUCCAGUACCCAACCUUCGCACGAGCGUGUUGCACGUUUACACGGGGUGGAAGCCCCGCCCCCCACUACCUGUCUUAUUUUGUGAGAGUCUGCGUGACUGUGGGUCUGUCUUCUCGUGAGGGACCGUGGAGAUCUAUAUUCACAUAUGCAAACUUCCUCCUGCCUGACUCGCUACUUCGCAAAUAUGCAAACACCCAUCCUGUGCACACCUGCAGGGGGCUGCGCUCCUCUCUCCAGGCUGCCCCGUCCCCCUCGGCCCGCAGGGAGGAGGUCGGAUUGGGGGGGGCUUUGGAGGAGGAGAAUGUUUCCAAAAAAGAGGACGAAAAACAAAAAAGAGCCACUCCUUUAAUACAGAAUCUUCGUUAAAAACCAACCAACCAACCAACCAACCUAGCCCUGUACAGCUGCCCUUUUAAGUGGGGGGCCACUGCAGGGUCUCUGCCUCUCGGAGAGGUGGCAGUGCUCCUGGCCACUCAUUUAAAUAACUGUCCCCUGGAUGGGGCUGGGAUGUGAGGGCAGGGCCUGUGCCCUCCCCAGUGGGGACCCACCUUCCAGGGGACGUUCGUGCAUGUUUACGCCUUUUCUGAUUGUGUCAGUGGCCGCAGCAUGGCAACUGGGCGUCAAUAAACGUCUCUGCGGAA